UACGUCACACGCGUUCGGACGUAUCGAAUUCAAUAUGGCCGCGCCGUGUGCGGGAGAUCGUCGAUGAGAAUGUUGUUCAAUAUUAUGGUGUGAACGUCAAUAACGCGAGCGAUUGUUUUCCCUCCGUGAUGACCGCCAACUAUUAUUUCGCGAUCGUCGGCCACGCCGAUAACCCGUUGUUCGAGAUCGAAUUCAAUAAUGCCGGGAAGGACGCGAAGAAGGAGGACCAUUCGCACCUAAAUCAAUUCAUCGCCCACGCCGCGCUCGAUCUCGUGGACGAGCAUACGUGGAAAACGACGAACAUGCACCUGAAAGUCGUGGACAAGUUCAAUCAGUGGUUUGUAAGCGCUUUCGUCACGGCGACGCACAUUCGAUUCGUCAUGGUGCAUGACAGUAAGAACGAGGACGGGAUUAAGAAUUUCUUCAACGAGAUGUACGAGACCUACAUAAAGUACUCUAUGAAUCCGUUCUACAAGCUGAACACUCCUAUCAAGUCCCUGGGAUUCGAGAAAAAGGCACAGUUGUACGGCAGAAAAUACUUGUCGUCAUAACGGAAUCCGAUUCGGCUCAUAGAAUAAAUGAACCAACUCUUGGUUGAACUGAUAAGUUUACAGAAAAUUAUUUAUAAUUUAGUUUCUCUCUAUAAUGUAUAUAAAAUUCCAUAUGUUAGGGAGAAAUGUAUUGUUAAUAUACGUGUAAUAUACCGAUGAUAUAUAUUGCUUUUUAAAUUCAACUUGAUUUUCAAUGCAAUUUUUGUGUUAAUGUGCAAUGAACACAAAGCGCUUUAGGAUCGCUCAGACAUGAGAACAAGUCAAGCAGCACGUGCAAGGUGACUGUACGUAUAUUUAGAUUUAUUGUAACUACUUAGAUAUUGUAACAAUUAAUUUGAAAGUCGA